UUUCUGCAGGACUUGAUGCAGCAAACAGUAAUUAAAGAGCAGGAGGAUGAACAACACUAUUUGGUGUCACAAUAUGCAGAUGAAGCGCAUGCCAGAAGUGAAGGGAGCAUACCAGGGAAGACAGUCUACACACAGAUCCAUUUUACUGUGCUAAACAUAGAGUUCAGACUACAGAAGAGAGAUUUCCCAUUCUGGCAGAUAUUCCACAAGCUACUAUACUGCCCCAGAGAAAAUGCUCCUGGGAAGUAUAUGACUUCUGAAACUUCAGUACUGGCUUGCAGAGAAUCAAGAGAGGAUCAACACUGCAGGAUGUCUACAAACCAUAACCCCAGGGCUAGAAAGGAAGCAUCAACCACCACUAAUCCUUAUAUGAGAAGCCUGGACAGAGAGGACACAGCCAUGGCUCUGAGCGUCACCCAAAUCCUGAUAGCGCUGGGUGUCCUACAAUUCAUGCUGCUGUUGGAUGACCAGUCAGUCAAGGUCACGGAAGAGCUCCUGAAGCAGCAUGAGGAGCUUCAGAAUCAGGAGAUGACUUGGUUGAAGGGGAUGGAGAAGAGGAUCCAGGAGCAGACCAGACUCAGUGAGGAAAGCCUGCUCCUCUCUGCCUGCCAGCGGUGGUGGUUCUGGGCCUCUGUCAAAAUCCUCCUUGUGAUUUUUGGGUUCUACUGGCUGCCGAAGCAGAGGAGUGCUGGCUCUGACAGCGGCAGUCAGCAGGGAAAUUCCAGCAGUGCCCAGGAUCAGAGAGAGGAGGAGGACUGGGAAGAUGAAUCAGACCCUUACAACACUCAAGACAAGCCCCUGGAUAAGGGCUCAGCACCCUGGUGGGUCUGCCAGUGAGACACUCCUGCGCCAUUUGCAGCACUCACCGGAGAACGUGUUGUGCUUCCCCCUCUGCUGCCUGACAAGACAAACAGAAGACACAUCCCUGCUUCCUGUGCAGUCUCUGCACCUGCUGCCAGUCCUGAUGCUCCCCCUGCCGGGAGGCGUGGGACAGAUUCACCCUUUGUGCAUGUUACUAAAAUUGUGUGUUUGUUU